GAUGCCAACGUGACCCUUCUACGACUUUUAUCAUGUUACCACAACCGACUUUAUCAGUACUGCUGGCAGUGUUGAUCACUUGUUACACGUUUGCAUUGGAUGAAGAUUUUGCGUUUGACGUUUCCGAUGAUUUAGAAGUCGAAUUUCCCGUAGAAACUCCGAAAAAAUUACGAGGAAUAACCGAUAUAAACGCUCAAGUCGGUAGAGUCUUUCAUCUCGCUAUUCCGAAGGACUCAUUUGGGGAUACCGUUAAAAGUUACGAGGCCAAAAUCGAUAACGGUGCUCCUCUUCCGUCAUGGUUGCUAUUUGAUAAGACUGGUGGAGUAUUUUGGGGUGUUCCUUUGCAAGACGACGUUGGUACACUACACAUAUCAGUAAAGGCUGUGCGACAAUCCUUGAGUACGGAUGAUGAAUUUACAUUAAUAAUUAGUGAAUAUAACGGUCCUCCGGAAGGCAUCGACAGAUGUCCCGCGACAGAGGACAGCACUGUUUUAACGUUAAUAAUCGACAAAUCCACUAAAGCAAUCAAACCCAAGCAGAGAAUUAUUGCUAUUAAUAACAUUGCCAAAUUUUUUGGCAUGCCAUACACUGCCUUCGUAUUGAAACCACAGUUGAGUCCUGACGAUAUAUCGGAUAGCUCAGUUGUGUUGGCCGGUCCUGGUGACUUACGCUCCCGAGUGUCUAAAGAGAGUAGUUUUAUACAAGUGACAGUAGGCUGUGAAGGUCGUCUGUGGUUGAACGCAGCGUCUAUCGUGCACCAGUUAAAGCAACAAGCACGCGAUGGGACAAUUAGCGAAGUACUUAGGUUGCCACUGGUCGGGUGGCGUGUUAAGACUGAAACUCGGCCACUUCUAAGAGAAAAAAGGCAAGACGAUGGUAGUGGUGACUAUGAAGAGUAUUACGAGUACGACGACUAUGAUGACCCUGAUAAUCCAGACAGUAAAACAAGCAGUUCCACAACGACUAGUACCACAACACAGAAAACUACCACUACCACGAAAACUGUAGAUCACACUCCUGUUGAUGCACAAAGUGUUAUUAGUAGCACAGUUAGUGGGAACCAUCCUCAUCGUCACCACCAUGGCGAAAUUAGACCAUUCGAUGAAAUAACUCCAGACCUUCCUUUUGUGGACGACACGCAAAAUAGUCUUGAGACUACGGAAGAUACUCCCAAAGUUGCAGAAUCUGAGUCUAGACAGUUGUUACCUCAGAUGACAACUCACAUAUCCUCACCACAUACCACUACAGUAACCACAACUUCUGUGCCUCCUACUUCUACAACCGCCAGAGAAAUUAAAACGGAAAAGGUAACUCCAGUUAGUGGUUUAUACAAACCAAGUGAAACAUUAGAAUCUGAUGAUGAGUAUGAUGAAGAAGAGUAUGACGAUGGUAGCGAUGAUGAUGACGACGAUGGUGUGAUUACCGAGUUGCCAUUUAUACACAAUGAUAUACUGCAUACAAAUCAAAAGCGUAAACAGGAUUUGCCCAAGGUAGAAGUUGAUACUGAAACUACAAUUACUGAAGGUACGACUAAAGCAAAAGUGGAAGAUGUUAACAUACUCCCAGAAAUUACUCCUACAAUUCGCACAACUACUCUGGAAAUUUUACCUACUACUACUGUCACGACCUUUGCAACUGAAGAAACUGCACCGCCUACUACAACAACUUCCACAACAACAUCCACUACAACAACAACACCUAGAACGACCACCACUAUAACCACGGAAAUCACUUCAACAACUCCUACAACUACCACAACCACAACAACGACAACGACUGAAAAACCAACCACACUGGAAGAAACGACAACCAAACACACCACAGUUAGGCAAAUUCCCAUUUUGACCACGCAAAAAAUGACCUCGCCUCACGUGACCGAAAGUGUGGUUUACGAAGUGAAGAAUUUCCCGCCGACCAUACAAAUUCGACUGAAUCGAAUCGCCGUCACCGCCGGGAAGAAUUUCAGCCAAUACAUACCGAAGGAUAUGUUCUCGGAUACCGAAGACGAGUAUGAUCUUAAAUUGGAGCUGUUGACUAAGGAAGGGCAUCCGAUUGAUCCGAACUUUUGGUGUCAGUUUAAUCCGAACACGCGAGAAAUUUAUGGACUACCUCUUGAAGAAGACGUUUCGCGUUGGGAUUUCCUACUGAGGGCAACAGACACAGAGGGCGCUUCGGUAUCCGAAAAAGUGGAAAUUACAGUACAGCAGCACAAAUCAUGGCGCACUGUCAAUCACGAAUUCACUUUGUACGCCCGAGUCGAAAGAAAAGAAGACUUCUUCCACCCUUUGGAUUGGGCCUUGCACAUAAUUAACGGAAUCGGUCACGUGUUCUCUACUACCAAUACUUCUAAAAUCACUGUCAGAAGCGUAAGCUACGCGACCGAUCCUAUUAUUUUUACGUGGACGAAUGACUCAAUACCCACGGAGUUUUGCGAAAAGUCAGAGAUAGAAGAAAUAUUUAACUUGUUAACUGCUAACGAGGAUGGCGACCCGUCGUCAGUGUUAAGUCAUAGCCUUGCACCACAACUGCGGGCCAAAAAAAUUACUCAACGACUGAUGGAAAUAUGUGAAGAGGUCCCACCGCCAUUACUACCACCCGAAAUGCCAAUAACGCCCCCCGUUGUUUAUCCUCCCUCGCAUCACGUUCCAAUACAAUCACCCUCUAACUUGCCACCCAUCUUGCGAAACCCCGUAGACCAUGUGAAUGCAACUGUUGGCGAACUUCUACUUUUCCGCGUGCCAGACGACACAUUUUAUGAUCCCGAAGAUGUAGACCCUAACAACUUAAAGCUUCAACUGUUUACAGCCGACAGAGAGCCCCUCCCAAGUGAUCAUUGGUUACAGUUCGACGUGAAAAACAAAGAGUUCUAUGGCGUUCCCAGCUCCACGGAUUUCAGACGCAUGCAGUACCAAUUGGUGUGCGAAGAUUCUGGGGGAUUGACUGCUAGCGAUACUCUAAUUGUCGAGGUACACCCGUCUCUAAAAGGAAAAUAUAAUGUGGAAUUCAGUAUGACAGUAGAGGUAGAGUUUGAGUCAUUUGUCAAGAAUCCAGAUAUGAAGAGGAAAUUCGUGGAGAAACUGCAGAGCCUAUUUAAAGAUGAUAACGUAAAUAACAUACACUUGGGUUCUUUUGCAAAAGGCAGCUCUCUAACGAAACCGUCAACGGUUAUAAGCUGGUACAAUAAGACUUUAGUUAAGGACGAAUGCCCGUGGGGUGAGCUGAAGAAGUUGGAGUCUAUUUUGAUUAAUAAUGAGCGUAGCAUGUCAAACCAUGUCUACUCGAUAAUGGAAGGCGAUUUUGUCGUUAUUGCCUUCAGUAUACAGCAUCUUGGUAUAUGCAAAAUGAUAACAACAACGCCUGCAUUGCCAACUCGUAUUCCAGAGAGCAUAGUGCCAAUUGAUGAAGGCGUCCCUCACGAGACUAACGAAGGUGCACCUCAGGAGAGUAAUGACGACUAUCUUGUGACUUUCAUUGUACCAGCUGUAAUUAUAUCGGCAAUGCUUCUACUUGCGGCCAUUGCAGCUUGUGUUUUGUACAGAAGGCGCCGUUCAGGUAAAAUGAACUUAGAAGAGGACGGACGGCAAAGCUACGGUAAUAAGGGUAUUCCUGUGAUUUUCCAAGAAGAAUUGGAUGAGAAACCGGAACCGGGCACGAAGACACCCAUUAUUUUGAAAGAUGAAAAACCACCUCUUGCGCCUCCAGAGUAUAGUAAAAGUGGAUCUUUAAAGCUGACCUCGGACGACUCAGAGCCAUAUCAGCCACCCCCGCCCUUUACACGAACUCAGGAUAACGGAAGACAACCACGCCCAAAACCAACCCCGACGUAUAGAAAGCCACCGCCGUAUGUACCCCCUUAACAAAUACACUUCCAAUUUUACCAGCAAUAAUCUCCAACUGCCAGAUUUAGUUGAAAUAAUUGUCAAUCCGAUUUAUUUCUAUUUUUGGUGUCUCAGUAACAAAAAGUUUUUUGCACUGAUCUUGUUAUUGAGAGGCAGUGUGGGUCAAGUAGUGAUAUUUACAAAAUUGUACCAAAUGUAUUCGUACUUUGGUAGUGAACUAAUUAUAUUUUCACAAUGGAAUGUACUACUAAUCCUAUCGAACGAAGUUUAUAGUAGUGAGGACAAUUUCAAUUUGCAUGUGUUGUAAUGAUUUUAGUUUGUAUAUUGGAAUUGAUCAGUGAGUUUGGUACUUAUGAGUCAGCGGUCGGCAAUCCCUAUCCCUAUAGUUGUGAAAAUAAUCUCAAAUUCCAUGACAAAUAAUAAUACAUUUUGUAAGUGGUUGUGAUAACUUCCCAACCGCCACCUUAAAUUUGUACUCUUGUAAUAUAUUUCUAUGUAUCUCUACGAUGUACUGAUAAGUAUACUGAAUUUUUUAUAACUUUUUUAUGUAUUUUUAAUAUUUACAUAUUAUGGCUGUUAAUUUCUGCUUAUACAACUGUCUCCGACAUUAAAAUUAAACGCACUCGUUUAUAUGUAUUUUUGGAGUUGAUUUGUCUGUAUUAAUGUUUCGAUAUUUAAUAAUUUAAAAAAGCUAUAUUUAUAACAUAAGUUACCAUAUACAUAUUAGGUAAAGAAGAGGAAAAGCUGUUGAUACUGACACAAUCUAUUAAUCAAACAAUCCUAAUUGUGGAUAUAAAUGAAACAAAUGCAUAAUCACAUUACAUAAUCAUUAAGUAUAUAAAAUACCUACAUUGCGUGAUCAAAAUACAUUUCCAAUAUAUUAUUAUGUACAUUUAAACUGUGAACAGUAUUUUGAUAUAAACGCAUGUGAUCAUCUUUUUAUUAUUGAAAUCGAAUUUUUUAGGUCCCAUACCAUUCUUACAUUUUUUGUAUUAACAUGUAGUAGCCUCUGACAAAUAUAUACAAUAAAAUAUUUGUGAGUA